AUGCAUUCAAGUUACCUAAUUUUUAAUGAAGAUUUUCAAUUACUUGUUCCAAGCAUCACUUUCGCAAACAUGGGAAUAAACAACGGCUUAAAACCAACAAAUGAUGACCUACCACAUGAAGUACCUACGCAAAACCAUCUUAUUUUUGCAUUAGCCGGGGUUUACCUCGCAUCAUCACGAAUAGGCAAUGGCAAGGAUCAAAAAUCGCAAGCCAGAAUCAAUUACACAAGUAAUACAUUCAUUAUUUAUUCUCUCCAAGAUAAUGGAAUUACACCCGACGCAAUCCGAGCAAUUGAAACCUUCGAGCAACCAUUCGAGAAAUUUUCCCAUCACUUAGCCGAACUACUGGACUGA